AGCGGCUAAGAAAGUUUUGGUUGUGUUGUGUGGUGUAACGAUCUGUGAAAUGGCAUCUUAUGAAUUUAUUACGUUAUUACUGUGUUUAACAACGAAAGCAUGGGGUCAACGGACUCCGACAAUCUCACACAUAACUCAGGAGCAAAUCAGAGACAUUGGCAGCCAAGUGGAGUUAGAAUGCUCCGUUCACUACGCACAAGAAUAUCCGGUGCUAUGGUUAAGAUUCGACCGGAUAAAGACCACCGAGGCCCUGCCUCUCUCAUACAACUCUGGUCUCAUCAUACGAGAUUCUAGGUUCUCGCUAAGAUAUGACGCAGCCUCCGCCACUUAUACCUUAUCGGUCAAAGAUAUCCAAGAGACUGAUGCUGGCUGGUACCAGUGCCAGGUCAUCAUCUCAGCCUCUAAUAAGAUCACGGCCGAAGUGGAACUCCAGGUCCGCACACCGCCCAUCAUAUCUGACAACUCCACGAGGAAUCUAGUCGCUAGCGAAGGGGAAAGUGCCCUGAUGGAAUGUUACGCGGGUGGCUUUCCCCCGGCGAAGAUAUCGUGGCGUCGCGAGAACAACGCCAUCUUACCGACCGGAGGAUCCAUUUACAGGGGUAACACGUUCAAAAUCGCGGCCGUACACAAGGAAGACCGCGGCACUUACUACUGUGUGGCGGAAAACGGCGUGGGCAAGGGCGCGCGACGUAAUAUCAACCUGGAGGUCGAGUUCGCACCCGUCAUCACCGUGCCGAGGCCCAGGCUUGGACAGGCUCUGCAAUACGACAUGGACCUAGAGUGCCACGUGGAGGCCUACCCGCCGCCCGCCAUCGUGUGGCUCAAGGGCGAGUUCCAGCUCGCCAACAACCAGCACUACAGCAUCUCCCACUUCGCGACCGCUGACGAGUUCACCGACACGACACUCCGCGUCAUCACAAUAGAAAAGAGACAGUAUGGCAUGUUCACAUGCAAGGCCACCAACAAGCUGGGGACUGACGAGGGACAUGUCGAACUAUUCGAGACCAUAAUCCCGGUGUGCCCGCCCGCCUGCGGCCAGACGCGAUACGGCGGCAGCGCCGCUUCGCUCGCUCCUUCUGCUCUGCUCAUGUGUGGGUUAUACGCUACACACGUUCUAAGGAGAGUCGCCAAUCCCAGAUAUUAACUACCCGGGCCUGCGCCCGGACCCGCUCUACUUCGGCAGCUACAGCGGAGCGACUGACAUACACACAAA